AUGAAGUUCAUCACCAUCCUCGUUGCUGCCCUUGCCGGCACUGCCUUCGCUGCCCCUUACAAGAGAUCCGUCAUUAGUAAGGUCACCAGCGUCCUGGGCGGCGUUUCUGGCAAUACUGGUGCCAGUCAGCUCGAGAACCAGCUCCAGGGUGUUUUCGGAGGUUCGCUUGCUCAGAUCGAGCAGGCCCUCGGUGGCGUUCCCCUGGCCAACAAGCUCCUGGAUCUGAUACACGGCGGCCUCACGCCUGCUGCAGCCCAGGCCAUCGGCCAGGGCCUCGCCAUGGUCCAGUCUGGCCUCCCGAUCAACGCCGUCAAUGCCUUUCUCAACCAGGCCACCAACGGAGCCGUUGCCAAUCUCGAGAACACUCUUGGUGCCAGCGAUCUGGUCGGCGCCCUGACCGGUGUCACCGGCUUGGUUAGUGGGAUUGUCGGCUCCGUGUAA